UGCGUUACCAGUAGAAAAAUAUAGGUAGGCCAUUGCCAGACAACUGGUCGGCCAUUGGAAAACGGCUAGUUCUUCUACGUUCAGAGUUCACAGAGUUUUACGAAUCGAAUUUACGUCCACUGAAUUCGAGGUUUUAUUUUCACUAGUUGUUGUGGGACAUAAAUUUCGCCUAACUUUUAGGGAUCGCAGAAACAACAGGUAGUCUUAUCUUAAAUGAGCUUUUGGUUUUAGGCUCGUUCUGUAGGAUUCUUCGUAACUGUAUCGCAUAAAUAAGCGUUUAUCAAUAUGUAAAUUACACAAUAUUACUCCUUAACUUUUCUCUGUAGUCGUCGAAUACUCACUGUUCUUACUGCAUUUUUUCACGUUUUAGCAAAUUAACAACAAAUGGAUUCAGCUUGUCACACUAUCUCUUAUUUACGAAGCUUAGUUGUCGCCUGUAUGGUUCUUAUUGUAGCGUAUAACCGAGUGUACAACUGCCUUAGUUUUCUUUAAGGAAAAAUUAAACGAAUACGUCAAAUCCUUCUCGGUUACCUUAUGUCCAAACGUUUGCAAUCUGCAUGUUAGCAUUAGUGCAGCUGCCUUUUGUUCCUCACCGUUACUUCUAGUAUAUCCGGACCAGAAUGUUUUUACAAUAAACAAUGUGAAAUAUUCGUUUGCAACCUUUAAAAAAAACGACGGUCUAAGUAUAAAAAUGCUUGUUGGAGCCGACUGCAACAAAAGAUAGUUGAUUAACUCAAUGAAAAUUUGUGUGGUCGAACAACUUUUGACAAGUGUAUGAUGCUUCGCUCUCAGGGUUUCCGGUUUGUCAUUUAUGAUGACUAAAUUUUUCAAAACCGGCCGUUUAUGUAAAUUUUCAUUGUAAAUACUAGUCUUUAAGUACAUGAAAGUCUUGGAAUUUAUUAAACUCGCCUUUUGAAAACAACACUUUCAAAGAUUUGAUACAAUAUUUUCUAAAUCUUUAUGCUGAAUCCUUUCCCAGUGUAGACAUGAGUGUUCAAUCUUUUCAAUUAUCCGAACUAGAGGAAAAAGCUCGUGCAAGUGCACUCAAAAGAGUUUCUGAUCAUUUUCAAAAGCCAGAACAACUGGAUAAGAUAGACAUUAUUAAAUCUAGAUUUCUAAAUCAAAAGACUGCCACCGAAGCUCAGUUAAAAAUGGCUCUAUAUAGCCAGUUAGACGGCAGUAAAGUCGGUUUGGAAAAACUGGAUACUGCCCUCGCUGAAUCACAAACAUGUAGGAACAGACUCAUCCAACUGGGAUCUUCAUUGUCUGGUUUGUCCGGCUUGUCGCAGCAGUUGCAUGAGUUAAAAAAUCUCUCAACUAAAUACAGUCAACUUGGUGCUGCUAUGGAAAAUAUGAGUUAUCUUGUGAAGGCCCCUGAAACAUUUGAACAGGCUCGAACUUAUCUGGAGUCAGAAAAUCUCUUAGAAGGUCAUAAACUAAUGCAGGAUUUGGAAGGAAUUCGAGAUGAACUGAUGUUUGAAGUGUAUCGACAAAAGUCUAUGGAAGAUUUAGAUACAUUGCGUGCCUUUUUCCGUGAGCUGGAAAAUUUAAAUGACACGUUUAGACAUAAAAUAAUUGUCCUUGGAUCACGUUUAACUAGUGCAGUAAUUACUCACAAUCGCUUUGUUGUUAAUUGUGUACGUGUUAUUGACCGUGAAGAAAGAACUGAUGCUAAUUGGCGGAAACGAUCAGAGAAACAUGGUUUUAUGCCAGAUGGACGACCGAAACAAUGGAAAAAGCUGUUAUUUGACAGUAUAUUUAAUACUAUAAAAAAUAAGGUGUUUGGAAGCGCGCUAGACAAUGAAAAUGAUAAAAAUAAAUUAGUUCGACACAAUGAAGCCAUUAGACAGCAUACGCUAGCAGAUUUGAAAAUAGCAAAAAAUAUAUGUCCAACAUAUUUUCCAGCAGAUUAUGCUAUAUUUGAUCGAUUUGUUGAAAUGUAUCAUGAAGCUAUCGGAAUGCAUGUUGAAAGUUUAGUACUUGAGGGUCUAUCUGAUACAGAGAUUGUACAACUACUAGGUUGGAUAAAUUCUUAUCAUACUGAAGAAUUCAUGAAAAAUCCUUUCAUGAAUAUUGACUUUAAUCGAUUGAAUUUAAGACAUCCAAUUAAUUUGUUACCUGAUGAAAAAUUAAAUUCACUUCGAAAGCAAUAUGUUUCAAAGACGAUUGAACGACUUAAAUCAUGGUUAGCAAAUUCACUCUUAAAGGAUACUUCUGAUUGGCAACGUUCAACUGGGCCUGAAUUAGAUGGAUCUUCUAAUUAUUUCACUGAUUUGCCUGUAUUAGUCAUGACACCUAUCAAUGAAAUGAUUGGUAAAGGUAAUUUAUUGCAUUAUCUGGGCAAUGCUGUAAGAGAACAAUUUUUUACUCAAUGUGUUGAAGAGAUGGCGCUUUUCGUGAAAGAUUACGAUGAUGAUAUUAAAAAGUACCGAGCAGCCUACAUACAAGACAGAUCGAAAUUUCCAUGCUAUAUAGAAUACAUUUUAGCCAAUGCAAAUGGUGCAUGUAUGAUUGCGCAUAGUUUUGUCACAGUAAUUAUGGAUGAAUUGACUGAAGAUUCACAUCUUAAAGGGAAUCUGACAGCUAGGAUUAGUCAUUUGAAAUCAGAAUAUGAAAAAGUAGCUGAACAAUGGAUAGCUUAUGCUGAAGAAACCGUAUUCAUGGAUUUAAAUCGUGUACUAAGCGUGAUUAUGACAUCUCAAUGGCUACGCCCGGAUGAUAUGACAACACAAUAUCUGGUUGGUACAUUAGCCGAUUAUGAUGAAACAUUGAAGCAUACAAGACAAAAUUUAUAUGAUAAAUUAGCUGAAAAAUUGGCUGAACGAAUGUUAAUUGAAUACUUGAAAGCAUUAAUAAGCCGACGAAGUCCGCUUUCUACAGAAUCUGAUAGAAAAAAAGCUGGUGAGAAAAUCACACGAGAUGGACAUGAUUUAAAGAAUUAUUUUGAAGAGAAGAUGAAAGUGAAAAGUGAAGUAAUUGUGGCAUACGACGCUUUAACAACUAUCGGUCAGUUGUUCCUUACAACUGAUACAUCAAUGUUACCCUUGGAUAUUGCUAAUUUGAAACGUCAAUUUCCUGAUGUUCGUUCCGAUCAAGUUUAUGCCUUGCUUGUUGCUCGUGGAGAUGUUACAUCUGACAAUGCUAAAGGACUUUCGGCUGACUCUCAUUACGGAAGGGAAUUGUCACAGAAGCCAUCACCGUUCGCAAUUUUCACACGAUUAGUCGUCGCAAUGGACACACAUUAGUGCUCACUUUCUGGCCGGAAAAGAAAUAAUCUAAAAUUGAUCAAUUUCGUGACUUUUUCAAUCCCAUUAUUUUUAUCUUUAUAAUAUAAUCACUGAGUUACUUUCUACAUUUUGUUUAUUUGUCUUUUGCUUCAGUUAAACCCUUAAAUUAAAACAAUCAAAAGUUU